CCCCCACCCCCAAAAAAAAUAAAAUAAAAAACCAUGGAUUUCGCAACCAAACAUGGACUCGUGCUGCUUGAGCAGUUAAGGAAGAUGAGGGAGACCGAGCACCUGACGGACGUGGUGCUGGUUGUCGAGGGCGUGAGCUUUGCCUGUCACCGUCUUGUUCUGUCCGCCUUCAGCCCCUACUUCCGUGCUAUGUUUACAUGUGGCCUCCGUGAGUGCAACAGCAGAGAAAUAUUUCUCAGAGACACCCCGGCAGACAGUAUGGCUCUCCUCUUGGACUACAUGUACACCUCGAAUCUUCCUCUUACUAACGACAAUGUGCAAGGAAUCUCCAUCGCAGCUUUUCUCCUGCAGAUGGACGACGUCUUCACUCAAUGCCAGCAUCACAUGACCGAGAACAUGGAUGGCUCCAAUUGCCUCGGUCUGUUUUACUUUGCCCGAGAUCUUGGUGCCGUGGAACUGGCUGAUCAAGCUCAGCGCUUUAUGAGGCAGAACUUUGUCCAGGUCUGCCAGAACGAGGAGGUUUUAGAUCUCGAGGCCCAUCAACUUGGGAAGUUAAUCAGUUCAGAUGACCUUAACAUUUCGAGAGAAGAAACCAUUUUAGAUGUGGUACUUCGCUGGGCCAAACACAGUUUUCUGAAGGAAGGGGAAGUACGUGCCAAGCACCUCCCUGAGCUCCUCAGGAAAGUUCGCCUACCCUUGAUCAACCCAGACUAUUUAAAAGAGGCAAUGAAAAGGAACACGGCCUUGCUGGCCGACGCUGAAUGCAUGGAGAUGAUGAGGCAAGCUUUGGAGAUUGUAGACACGCAUCCUUCCGCAGUACCACGCAAACUCAAGUUGCGGUAUGGGAUGGAAACCACUGAUUUGCUGCUCUGUGUGGGGAAUGACAGUAGUGGGAUUAGGUCAAGGUAUGCCAACUACAGUGAACGCAGCUUUUGUUACGCCCCCGCAACAGGGCGAACUUACUACAUCACCUCACCUCGAUACGGAGAUGCUCUAGGCUACGUAUGUGCAGGGGUUGUAACUGAAGACAACAAUAUUAUCGUGUCAGGAGAGGCCGGUGCCCGCAGAAUGUCUCGACAAAAGGAAAUGGAUGUAGAGCUCUACAGGUACAAAGUGGAAGCCCAAGGCUGUUGGGAACGUCUGACAUCAGCGGAGUACCGUGAUUCUUAUGGACUAGGCUCCUUGGGUGAUACCUUGUACCUGAUUGGUGGGCUGAUGAAGCUGAAGAACCAGCUCCUCAUUACUAACUGUGUGGCGCGAUGGUCUCUCCAGGGAGGACCUUGGCGCAGCGCAGCACCUCUACCAGUGCCACUGGCUUACCACAGCGUGGUCAGGCUGAAGGAUCGCCUGUAUGUCAUUGGUGGUAGAACUCCACAGUCAUACCGAAUAGAUGAUGAGCCAGACCGUCUCAGUAACCGCCUUCUUGAGUACGACCCAAACGUGAAUAAGUGGACAGAGUUGGGUCCAAUGAAGUACUCAAAAUACAGAUGUAGUGCUGUUGCACUCAACGGGGAAAUAUAUGUCAUGGGAGGGAUUGGCUGUGAGGGUGUGGACCGCGGGCAGUCACGGCGCUGUCUUGAUGCUGUGGAGAUCUACAACCCAGAUGGCGAUUAUUGGAGGGAUGGACCUUCUCUACCAUGCUCUCAACUGUCAUUGCGCACUAAUUCCUCAAAUGCUGGUGUGGUGGGAGGAAAGAUUUAUGUGUGUGGAUACUACAAAGGAGCAGACCGCCAUGAUGACAUUACAAAAGACAUCUUGGAACUAGACGCCUGGGAGAACCGAUGGACGGUCAUUGCUCGGCGUGCAUUGAUGCAUGACAAUUAUGACGUCUGCUUGGUGGCAAGUCUAAAUCCAAGGGGACUAAUAGCGCCACCUACAGACAUACCGCAGUAAAAAAGAUACAAAAUAAAACUGAAAGUCCUCUAGGAUUUGGAAAAAACUGAACAGGUGAAAACGUGCUGCAUCCUCAAAAUUGGACUUAGUAGAAAAUUACACAAUCUGCCUGCAUGAAGUCUAUCCACACACUGAAUUGGUUAACGCUAUUUACCGUAAUUUCCGGCCUAUGGGCCACGACUUUUUUCUACACGCUUUCAACCCUGCGGUUUAUGCGGUGAUGCGGCUAAUUGGUGCAUUUUUUUCCCUAACGGCCGCAAGGGGGCACUCAAGUGGAAAAGGAAAGAGUGAGAUCGAAUAUAUGUGGCGGGGAAGUGACUUUUACCGGUCUGGCCCCGUUAGUGCUGUGCUAGCAUGUUACUGCCGUGUCUCAGUGAUUUUUACCAGUAAGUUUUUUUUUUAACUGGCCCUAUUAGCACGGUGCUAGCGCGCGGCGGCGCUAGGUUUAAACUCUCUUUGUACCGUCUUUCUUUGUAGAGUAAAUACUAAUAAUAAUGUGGGCACUUGCGGCUUUUACAUGGCUGGGGCCUACUUAUGUACCGAAUGGUAUUUCCUUUACAAAUCCGCGAAAUAUGCAAAAUGCAAAAUAAGGUGAGGCUUAUAACCGCUCUGCGCUCUGUUGGCCGGGAAUUAUGGUAGGUGGAGAGUAAGGAGAUAUUCUUUAAAAAUUAAGGAAAACAGUAAAUGCUUCAUAUGA